UCCUCCCAGCAGCCCAUGCUCCUCCUGACACCCGCCGGUGCUGUCAUCUCCGCUGACAGGUACUGAGGACGCUUGACUUCAGACGUCGCCGACACCCUGCCUGGGGGCAGAGCUUCCAUGAGCCACAAUGCUGGGCAGAAAGCCUGGCAGAAAAAAUGCCCCAGCCAAGGGCAAAGGAGUAGCUGCCGCCAAAGAGCUUGGCCUGUUUGUAGACUUCAAUCCGGAGGAUAUGAUGAGGGGAAUCCCAGAUGAUGGAGACCUAGAGGCAGAGCUAGCCGCCCUUAUGGGUGGGAAAGUGACACCCAAGGCAAAGCCUAAAGGAAAAGCUCCCCUUCCUAUGGAUCAUAUAGAGAAGAUGGCGCAGGAAUGUAUGAGAGACCUGGACGCCGAGGAAGAGGAGGCCGACGUUCUGGAGGAUGAGGACGAUUUGCUGGCUGAGCUGCAGGAAGUGAUGGGGGCGGUAGAGGAAGAGUCUCCUACUGACACACAAGAUGUCGAAGAAGAUGAACCUCAGCAGGUGGAAGAAGCAGAGCCUGCUAAACAAGUUACCUCUUUAGCUGAGGACCACAAAACUCCCUCUCAGACAAGUACGGGGGUAUUGCUCCAAACUCUACAAGAGCGAAUCACCAACUACCAGACAGCAAUUGCCAAUGCAAAGCAGACCAACGACACCUCUAAAGCCAGGAGAUUUGAGCGAGGACUAAAGACACUGGAAUCUAUUUUAAAAGCUGCUAAACAAGGGAAGCCUGUGAAUGAGGAAGAGAUUCCUCCACCAGUGGCCAUUGGGAAACCUGCAUCAGCUCCACAAGCUCCGUCCCCCACCAUCAAUGCACAGGAACCGGACCUGGCUCCCACUUUACCCGAACCUUCAGAAACAGUCAGCAGCCAAAGCCAGCCUGUGGAUGCAGAAGUGCCAUUUACUGCCAGCGAGGAGCUAGCUGUCAUGCAAGAAGAAGCAGACAGGGACACUCUUCUCUUGACAAGGCAGAAUGAAUACAAGAUGGCGGCUCUGAGAGCCAAGCAAAGAGGAGACAUUGACAAGGCCAAAGAGUACAUGAAGAUUUGCAAGAAAUUUAGCUCUGUUCUAGAAGCUAUAGAGAGCGGACAGCCUGUUGAUCUUAGUGAGAUGCCUCCUCCUCCAAAUGACCAAGAGGUUCAAACCUCAGAACAGGCCACACCAGAAACCCAAGAGCCCUGCCCUGCCAGCACCCAAGGAGCUCCUGCUGUUACAGUGCUGCAAGCUCUGCAGCAAAGAAUGGAUCGCUACAAAUCUGCAGCACAGCAAGCCAAAGCCAAUGGAGAUGACCGGAAGGCCAGAAUGCAUGAAAGGAUUGUCAAGCAAUAUCAGGAUGCCAUACGGGCCUCCAAAGCUGGCAGAUCGGUGAAUCUGGCAGAGCUCCCAGUUCCUCCAGGGUUUCCUCCGUUCCCUGGCAUGGAGAGCGAAGGAGAUGUGGGCAGUGUGGAGAAGGCUUUGGAAGCUGCUCAGAAGUUGGCGCUAGCUGGCGAGGACGAUGGAGCUGAGGAUGAAGAGGAAGAGGGUGAACAGCCAGCAAAGAAACCUGCCCCACAAAAGCCCAUCCAGAUUGUCAAACCCCAGGUGUCGCCAAACCUGCCCCUGCAAGACGAGGCGUCCCAUAAAACCAAAGUUGCUGAUACCACAGAACUCGCCGGGGACCUUCCCCCUGCAGCACAAGAACAGCUGGAGUUCCUGGAGAACCGUAGGAGACAGUAUAGGAAAGCAGCACUCCAAGCUAAGCAGAACAAUGACCUGGUCCUUGCCAAAGAGCACAUGAUAGUUGUCCGUGCCAUCCAAGCUUCCAUCGACAAAGUCAAGAGCGGAACCCUGGUGGACAUUGCCAAGAUCCCAACACCUCCAGCGGAUGAGGAUAGUGACUUUGUUGUGAUAGAACACGAAGACACCAGGUCACCACAGAACUCAGAUGAAGUUUAUUCUCAGUUGUUGAAGCUUCUUCAUGAACAACAUGAGAAAUGUUUGCGGUACUCUAAGCAGUUUACUCAGAUGGGAAAUGUUGCAGAAACCACAAGGUUUGAGAAAAUGGCAGAUGAAUGCAAGAAGAAUUGUGAUAUCCUUCACCUAUCACAAGCUCAGGGCCGGGAUCCACCUGACUAUCAUUUUGAGGACAAGACGUUGAGGAUAGUCCGAGUAUUCUCGGAGCUAAGUAGUACAGAGAUGCUGCUGAUUAUAGUACGAGGCAUUAAUCUGCCAGCCCCUUCAGGAAUAGCACCCAACGAUCUGCAUGCAUUUGUGAAGUUUGAUUUCCCAUAUCCAAGCACGGAACAGCCACAAAAGAAUAAAACCUACGUUGUUAAGAACACCAAUUCUCCAGAGUAUGAACAGUCGUUUAAACUAACUAUCAACCGCAACCACAGAGGCUUCAAACGGCUGGUUCAGGCCAAAGGCAUCAAGUUUGAAAUCUUCAACAAAGGAGUAUUCUUGUUCAGAAGCGAUAAACAAAUCGGGACUGCAAGUGUUAAACUGGACAAGUUAGAGACACAGUGUGAGAUACGAGAGAUUGUGGAGGUGUUUGAUGGAAGAAAACCAACGGGGGGGAAACUUGAGGUAAAAAUUAGGUUGAGGGAGCCUCUCAAUGGUCAAGACCUCCAAACGGUGACAGAGAAGUGGCUGGUGAUGGACCCUAUUACAAGGAAGUGAAAAUGUUUCCGUAAGAGGACGGUAUCCUGUACAAUGAAGACGCUGCCUUCACACACCCUUGUCAGCCUGUUCUUACCGUGUGUUCCACAGGCCGGAAAAGGAGUCGCAUACCAAAGGACCUCCUGCAGCGUUGAAGCACAUAAGAGGAACGCCGUCAUAACAGGAAGAUCACGUUAAUAUAUCAGUGCAGAAUGUCUGCGGCUGUGCAGCCCCCUGCGGCCUUAGAGUGCAACAACCGCUCUACCUUACUAACAGUAUAACUUGGCAUCACUCACAUGUAAUCUCUGGCUUUAUGUGUUGAAUGUAAAUGAAGAUCUGUUUUAUGAUCAUCUAAGACCAGAGGACAAGUGUGACACAAUAUUCAGAAUGUACUGCAACAGAACGCUGCUACUAGCCUGCGAGGGGUUUCUGGUAGUGAGACCCACAAUGCAUUCAGCAUAGCUUGCCAGCGGAAUUGCUGAUUGUGGAUUUGCUUCUGGUGCUGAAACGAUGCUGACCGCUCUAAAGCUGCACUGCAAAAA